AUGCCACGAUCGACGCCUGAACUUCGCCUCGAAGCGCCACCCGACGACGGCCUCGACAGGGUUUUUGACAACGGCCUGAUCGUCGAUACUGAUGAGGAGUCAGAAACACCUCCUCCAUACAAUGAGGGCAUUAUACAGCGACCGAGCGCGAGACUCGUGAGUCGUCGCACCGACGACAACGAUGACGGCGGCACUAGCAUCGCCAAGACUAAGCAGUCGCCGGCUGGCAGUCGGCUUUUGUCUGCGACUUCCGCUGCCCUCACUCGGGUGAAAGGCAUGACCCUUCGCUCAGGAACAAGUGGCAGGGUGCUGAACCCGCGCUCAGUUACGCUAGUCUCCGGCCUUCUUUCCCCGUCGAGGGGGAAAAAGGGCGUUGAUAAUGAUGGUGCAGACAGAACCUCAGAGGAGGACAGAAGUAGAAAGGACCGGCCCUUCUCACAAGGCCACGUCGAGAAUGACAAAAGCGCGCCAUGGGUCCAAGAUCCCGGGCAAGACGAUGACGGUGGCGGUACUAAAAGCAACAAGCAAAAGCUCUCGGUCCUGUUCGACGACGAAGAAAGCAACGCUGAAAACGGGACCGAGGAGGGAGCCAGCAUUCCAAGCACUUCAACAAACGACUCAAACGCCGCUACUCCGCGCUCCAAAUGGGCGGCCACGCUCAUGGCGUCCACCCUGGCGAGGGAGAAGGCCACAGGGAAAGCAAUGGUGCGAAAUCGGGUUGAUCUGCUGCCCCACCCGCGGGAGGCAGCGAACAAGAUCGAGUACCUCGUCAUGGUCUGCAAGGCGGCGCAGGCUUACGCGUCCACGCAGGCCGCCCGGUUGUCCAGGGUGCGUGAUGGGCAGCACAUGAUCAACCAGCUCCGGGACGUGGCCAGCGACCUCGGCCGCCAGGCGGAGAAGAUGCUCGCCGUGUACGACACGCGAGAGGUCCGGAACUCGGCGGACCGCCUCGGGGAGACCCUGAAGGGCGUGUACGACCUGCUGGGCGACGUCGAGGGCACGGCGAUCAUGUUCGGCAGGAAGAGGGGCUUCGGCAAGAGGGUGACCGCCCUCGUGCACGACAUCGGGACGCGGGCCAACGCACUGCUGGCCGCGACCUCCCUGGCAAUCGCAGACAGGCCAAACGUUCUGUACAUGGCGGACACGGGAGGAGGCGAGCCUCCGGCCCCGCAGCAGCAAGAGCUCUUGAAGAUGUGCAUAGAGGGAGACAAGUUCUUCUUUGGGCGUGGCGAGAAUCCGAAUAUGUCCAAGGCCUUCGAAGCCUACGCCUGGGCGGCGGAGCGUGGCUGCGCGGAAGCCAUGUACAUGAUGGCGUGGAUGUACAGGGUUGGAAGCGGCAGCGUUGAUGCCGACGCGGAGCAGUGCCAGCGAUGGCUAGAGAGGGCGGUCGACAAGGGCUACGCGCCCGCCAUGAACGACCUGGCGACGACCCUGCUCGAACAGGCGGAUCGGACGGAGCGUGCCCACCCGGAGCUUAAAGCAGAUGUUGCCGCUGCCGACGUUAUCGCUGACAGCCCUACCGACGAUGCUGACAGGGGGCUUGGUGCGACUAGACCGCCAACGCCUGAUGAUCAUACCAGCGGAGGAUCUGAAGAAGGGUUGCCGGAUGGUGUUAGUAGCGGAGACGGGGUUGGUGGUACCGGUCAGGGGGAAGGCAAUUGUGAGGGGGAUGGGGGCCGGCAGGUGGAAGCGGAGGAAGACGCUAGCUCGCUGCCGCCAGAGCUCGCUCAGCUGUUCGAGCAGGUGAUGGAAAAGCGAAAGAGAUCUAUGCAGCUGCUCCAGGAUGCCGCCAAAACGGGACACACGGAGGCCAUGACCAACCUCGGCAACAUGCAGGAGGCCAUGGGCUAUUUCGAAGAUGCAAGGAGCUGGUAUAGUCUCGCGGCGCACCCUUCCGAGUCAGCCAACAACCCGAGAGCCCAGAACUACCUCGGCACGCUUUUCUACGAAGGGCGAGGGGUGACGAAAGAUAGAGACGAGGCGGUGAAAUGGUUCCGCCUCAGUGCCCGACAGGGCUUCCCCCAGGCUUGCCAGAACCUCGGGAUGUGCUACCAAACGGGAGCGGGAGUUGAAAAGGAUCUACCGAAGGCCGUAGAGUUAUUCCGGCAAGCUGUGGAGGGUGGGAGCAUAUCCGCCACCAACAGCCUCGCGUAUCUGCUGGCCAGAGAUGCUCUCCAUGCGCUUGCCGCCGCCGCCCGCCAAGCCCCCCCGGGACUGGACCAGCGCAACCUUUCCGCCGGCGUCGCCGGCACCGGGCUACAGUUCGAAGACCCUUCGAGGGGGAUAAUGAAACCCGCCGGGCUGUCCUCCCAAGCUUCAAGCAAGGCCUGGCGUGAAAGCACGGCGCAGCUGCGGGAGGCCGCAGACCUAUUCAGGCGUGCUGCGGACAGCGGCAUCGGCGACGCCUCCUACCAGCUCGGGCGGCUCUACCAGCAAGGGUUGGGGAUACCGCUCGAACCGGUGGCCUCUUUCGAGAACUUCUUGGCCGCUGCCGACGGCGAGGUGGUCCAUCCCACGGCAGCCGCAUGUGUGGGCGACAUGCUCUACACGGGGACCGGCUGUCUGCGUGACUACGGCGCGGCCUUGCGCUACUACGUUCGUGCCGCUCAUGCGGGAGAGGCAACCUCCGCCAACGCUGCAGGGCUGAUGCACGAGCUGGGGCGCGGGGUCCCGAGGAACUUGGAGGUUGCGAACUUCUGGUAUCAGAAGGCCGCAACUCUGGGAUCAGCCGACGGAGCUUUCAACGCCGCCCUUCUUCUGGAACGGGGCGACCCCUUGUCGGCGAUAGCGUCGGCGGCCGGGCUUCCGAUGUUCCAGGAACAGCAGCAGCUACCUCUCCGACCAUCUUCAGGGUUCUUGACGUCCAUGGCGGGGGCAGGAUGCCCCGCCACCGCAACCCCCCCUCGCUGUUCGCCGCCCGCUGGCGGUGGCCUUUUCGGAGCAAACGGUGGCGACGACGGGGAUCUUGCUGUAGCCUCGGGUUCGACGGGAGGAGUAGGCCAGCGGCCGUUGUGGGGGAAUCGGCCACUGGCCUUGCAGAUGUUCCAGCGUGCGGCGGAGCUUGGACAUCCCGAGGCCAUGCGAGAAGUUCACCGCUUGAGGCUGCGAGAGAGAAUAGAUCAUCUUAUGGCGGAUCGAGGGGAAAAGCGGCACGCUUGUUGA